AUGAAAGUAUUGGAACAGACCUCCAAGUCUCAACGUCUUAUAGGUUACAUAACUCGAGACCUUUAUGACAAUGAAUCACUUACCUUGAUGCACAAAGUUUGUGUUCGACCACUCCUAGAAUACUGCACGUCUAUUCUUAGUAGUGUAUGCAUAAAGGAUAAAUUAGGGUUGCAAUCAGUACAGAGACGAUUCGCACUUCGAAUUCUUGGAACUAAUUGUACCCUGAGUUAUAAUCCCAGAUGUAAUAAACUUGGGCUCGUCUCUUUAUGGAAGAGGAGACUCGAACUAGAUCUUAUCUUUUUCUUCAAAAUACUUGAUAAACUAUCAUUUACAUCCAGUCAAGUAAUUCAAUAUGCAGAAACUUCUAAUCAUGACAUUCGUAACUCCUUGUCACCAGUGAAACAAACCCAUUCUAAAUCAUCUCUCUGUAUUAAUUACUUUACCUGUAAAUUUUCCAGACUCUGGAAUAAUCUACCACAAUCUAUUUGUAAGAUAAAAACAUUCUCAUCCUUUGUUCGCUGCAUUGAUGCAUACUGCUCCAUUGAAUAUGUAUUAAAUGUUCUAGCACUUGUAAUUUUAUCUUAUUCCACAAGUGAGAUUAUAGGAACUUUAAAUUUUUAG